GAGUCAGGUCAGUUUCAUGUAAAUUCCCCCUCUGUUCUGAUAAGACUUCAUGCUGGUGAAACUACAGGUGGCAGGUGGGCUGAAACGAACCCGGGCAUUGGCUGAUUAGAGUUUUCGGUUGAAUGACGUCACGCUCGCCCUCUGCCUCGCAGCUGUCAGACCCUCUCGGUUCUCUUUGAUGCACAUUUUACGCGGAGAACGAGAAGGAACAGCAGCUGCCCUCGACAUCGCUGAACUCAUGGGAAGCAUCUGGAAUCGCCGAGACAAGGAUCUUUAGGAUUCGUCCAUUCUAGGGGAUCCCGGACGUGAAAGCAGGUGGCGAUGCGGGACAGACUGAGCUCUCUGCGCUCGCUGCACUCCCUCCCUGGGACCACGGGACAGCUGGAGGGCGGGGCCUACGCGCAGGCGGCCGGAGACUGGUCCAGACAGACGAGUCUGGAGGAGGAGGAGGGGCCUAUGGAGGAGGCGGGGCUAGGGGCGGGGCCUGUGGAGGAGGUGCUGGAGGAGGCGCAGGAGGUGCGGCGGGAGGUGCAGAUGCUGCGUCUGGACGUGAAGCGUCUCCGCGAGCAGAACGCGCGCCUCCUCAGCGAGCCCUACUUCUCCGGGGAGCUGCAGCGCGACUCCAACGGCAUCGGCGGCGACAUCAAGACGCGCGGCCAGGACACGCUGGCCCGCCUGCGCAAGAUGGACGCCCACGCACGCGAGCUGGAGGACGAGCACGGGGUCAACUCGGCCGUGGCCCGCAUCGCCCGCACGCAGUACGCCUGCCUCAGCAACGGCUUCCGCGACGCCAUGGCGGACUACAACGCGGCGGAGAUGAGCCAUCGUGACACCUGCAAGGCGCACAUCCAGCGGCAGAUGGAGAUCGUGGGGAGGGACGUGUCCGGCGAGCAGAUCGAGGAGAUGCUGGAGGGCGGCCGCUGGAACGUCUUCGCCGACAACGUGCAGUCCGAGGGCAAGACGGCGCGGUCAGCGCUCGGUCAGAUCGAGCGGCGUCACCAGGAGCUGCUGGAACUGGAGAGCCGCGUGCGCAGCGUCCACGAGGUCUUCCUGGACGUGGCCAUGCUGGUGGAGGAGCAGGGGCCCAUGCUGGACGCCAUACACACUCAUGUGCAGAAGACAGACGUUGCCACCGGCGACGCGCUGCUCAAGAUCCAGACGGCCAAGAAACACGACAAAAACAACCCUUUAAAAAAACUGUUCUUCUGGAAGCGCUAGCAUUGCUACUCCACAAGGCCUGGUGCUACCUAUACACUAAUAGUGCUGAGUCAUGCACGUCCUUUAUACAGGACCACACACACACACACACACGUUUUUAUUAGGAAACCAAACUAACAUCCCCAGUAGUGACCAGCGGCUCAUGUGGAGUAGCCUGUGAGUCUACUGGCUACUGGCAUUUGCUGUGUCAUUGGGGAGGUCUGGGACUGUCUUAGGGUGGUCAGUUGGUGUCUGACUAGCCGCUAGGCUACUGGCUUAGGGUGGUCAGUUGGCAUCUGACUAGCCGCUAGGCUACUUUACUUUAUCUCCCACAAGGGACACUUGUUGCCGUGGAGAGGACUGCUAUUUUGAUUUGAAACCAGUCAUCAAUAUUAAAGACUUGAAAUGUUUAAGACCACCUUUUACUUUGUGUUUUAAUACAAAUAUGAAAAAGCCAUAUAAAUCUUUACUUUGUGUUUUAAUAAAAAUAUGAAAACGC